CCAUUCUUUGAUUCCAGAGGUCGAGAUCACUUUUCCAUGCUUAUUCCUACCAUUGCACACUACAACAGAAUACCAUCUACCAAAGAGCUACCAUAUCUCACCAGAAUCAUGUCACGCAAGCUGAAAGGUUAUGAGUUUUACGAAAAAGUCUUGAAAAGUCCCAAGUACAUUGUGGCUCCUAUGGUCGAACAAUCAGAAUAUGCAUGGCGUAUUCUCUCGAACCGAUAUGGUGCCCAGCUCUGUUACACCCCAAUGCUACAUGCUCGACUAUUCAGCCAACCGGACGGGAAAUAUAGGGCAGAAAACUGGCAGACGGGGGAGCAUGACAGACCUUUGAUUGCACAGUUCUGUGCAAAUGACCCAAAAAUUCUCCUCGCAGCUGCAAAGAUGGUUGAAAAUGAAUGUGAUGCUGUCGAUAUCAAUCUAGGAUGUCCCCAACAUAUCGCAAGGCGUGGGAGAUAUGGAGCUUUCUUGCAGGAUGAAUGGGAGCUUAUUGCCGAGAUGGUGCGAACCUUAGACAAAGAACUUGCUGUACCUGUUACGUGCAAGAUUAGGGUCUUCCCGGAUGUUGAGAAGACUAUUCGAUAUGCGAAAAUGAUUGAGGAAGCGGGCUGUCAGUUGCUCACUGUUCAUGGUCGUGUACGGGAGCAAAAAGGACACAAGACGGGCCUUGCUGACUGGGAGCAAAUACGACGAGUCAAGGAAGCCGUAUCUAUACCAGUGUUUGCUAACGGUAACAUCCUUUAUUUUGAGGACAUUGAGCGGUGUCUCACCGCAACUGGUGUCGAUGGGGUCAUGACCGCUGAGGGGAACUUGUAUAAUCCUGCACUAUUUACGGGCAAGCAUUACGCAUCGUGGAAGCUGGCAGAAGAGUAUUUACAAAUAUGUAAGAACGUACCAAAAAGCGCUCCUUUAGGAGCUAUACGUGGGCAUCUCUUCAAGAUGUUCAAACCAUGCUUGUCAGAGCACACAGACAUUCGUACACAGUUGGCGAAAGCAAAUAAGUUGGAGGAUUUUAUUGAUUCGGUGAGGGAGUUGAAACACCGAUUAAUUGCCAUAUCCGGUGGCGCAGAAGAGUAUCAGCCAGAAGUCUUUGAAACUGACGAGAGCGGCUUUCGCAAGCUUCCAAGCUGGGUUUUGCAACCCUACUUCCGGGUGGACGGGACAUUGAAGAGUAAGUCCGUGGACGAAAAAGCAAACGGGCCUAUUCGGGAAGAUGCGAAAGGAGCAGAGACGAAAUCUGAGGAUAAGAGUGAUGAUCCCGAACUCUUCUCGAGCACGACAGAAGGUUCCACAAAUGGGCCAAUUGCCCCUUCUGUUCUUCAUGUUACUGCGGGUGGUGAGGAGGAGACGCCAUCUACGGAUCCCGAAGCCGUGUCGAAGGAAGUGGUUCAGAAUGGAUGUGGGAAGAAGAGGUCGGCAGAUUGCGGUACUGGAGCCAACGGCGCUGCAGAGAAUCUGUCCAAGAAAGCCCGCCGAAUCAAAGAGGGCAAGGUACUCAUAUGCCCCACCGAAACUUGUGCAAAUGUCGCAUCCGUCAAGUGUGCUUUUGGCCUUUGCAAGGCGUGCUGUAAAUUUACAGGAGGUGCUUUGAACCCGGUUGGGGAAAACAAGGCUCAGGAUGCGACUGUGGAAAUUGAGGAAAAGAACAGCAAGUCCAGGUUUGUCUGUGAGGUGCACAGGACAAGACCAAAAAAUAAAGAGCCGAAAUCCGAUGGUGCACAGCAACUGAUGGAGGUGGUAGCAUAGCUUUGCAUAGUGGCGCUUUUUUGGGUCAAAUUUCCAUGUUGAUAUUUAUUGCGGAAUUUCAUUUUCUGGAUGGCUAGAUAGAUUCAUGUUGGAUUAGAGCUACUGGUUGGGGUCAUUUACAGUCGUGAAAACAUGGGGCGCCAUCGGUAGAUACAUGUGCACAAAUUCUUAUUAAAUUAACUCUCGUGUCAAAGGGCAAAACUCGCA